AUGGAUACAAGGCUUGUUAAACCAAUUGUUGAAAAUGAUGCAGAGACUUUCCUGGAGCUGAUCGAAGAAGACAAUACAAUUCUUGAUCGACGAACAAACGACACAUCAAGCACAGUGUUGGACUUUGCUUUAAUGUAUAGACGCCCUGAAUUGGUCAAGAUAAUCAUCGAGUGGCGUCCUCAAAUGGUUGCAGCACAGAAUGCAAAUCAAAAAAACCGUGGGCCAUGGAAAAUGUUGACGCUGCUAUUUGGUGUCAAUCCAGAGGCAGCAUAUAAAGUUAACAAAAAGAACCAGAGUUUGCUUUUCUUGGCUUGCUUCAAUGGGUUUCUUGAGGUGGUCAAACUCCUUUUGAAGCGGCCUGAUUUGGUGCAAAUCGAUUGUUUUGGUCAAACUUGUCUUCAUGUUGCUGUAAUGAAGGGACAUAUAGAUAUUGUUGAAGUGUUAUCGAAUGAGCUUCCAAGCUUAGCCCAAAAGAUUGACAAAAAUGAAAAUAUGCCACUUCAUUGCGCUUGUAUCAACGGAAGCCUAGAAAUGGUGCUGCUACUGCUUCAAAAAGGCAGCAAAGAUACACACUGGUGGUGGUAUAAUAAUGAUGGCUACACGCCAUUACACUUGGCGGUGAUGAAUGGGAAUGUUAAAAUUCUGGAAGAAUUUCAGGCGAAAGCUCUAUCUAGUUUCGAAAAGUUUCCGAGACAUAGUAAGCAAUCAGUAUUUCACUUAGCAACCAAACGCAGAUCAGAACCUGAAGACGUUUUCUUUUUCUUGGCACACAUACCAAGUCUUCUUCACCUCUUAUAUUACAAAGAUGAAUUGGGUAACACAGUCUUACAUCUCGCUUGUGAAAACAACUACAAGGUUCUGAAAUAAAUGUACUUGAUCAAGGAAGAUGAGAUGUUGGAUGUGAAUGCCUUGAACUACAAACAAUUCACAGCCCUUGACAUACUUGACCAGAAUAAGGACAUUGGUGAAGAUAAGGAAGCUCUUGAAAUUUUAUUAAUUAGUGCAGGUGGCAAAAGGAGGAGAGAGAUGUUAUCAAAAAACAAUCUUGCUGUAGUUAGAGCAAAAGAAGAUGACAAGAAAGAAGUGGCCGGUUUCGAGUCAGAGCUUGUCUUAUCUCCUACAAGUUAUUCAUCAAAUGAAGGUCAAGUUUUUGAAAAGGAGCCUGUCUUAUCUCAAGCAAGCUAUCCAUCACCUCAACCACAUCACCAGCAGACAUUCCUCUUUUACAGGAUUCCAAAUCCAGAGAAAUUGCAUCAAGCUUGGCUUGUAUUUGGUCCACCUUCUCUUGUCGAGCUUGGUUGGCUUGCUGCUCGGCUAGGACAAUGUGGAGGAGUUUGUUAUGGGAAGAUAAAGGGAUCUAGUUAUGGGGAGAAUGGGAUGAGGGAUUUGGUGGGUGAUUGGGAUGAACGAAGGGCGUUUACUGCGCGACCUAAUGACUUCACUGAAGACAUUAAUCAUCUGCACCAAAUACAUGGAGAAGCAUUGCAAAAUGCAAGAAACACAAUCAUUUUGGUUGCUACUGUGAUUGCGACAGUGACUUUCACUGCCGGAAUAAAUCAUCCCGGUGGUGUUUACCAGGAUGGAACUAUGACAGGGAAGUCCACCGUAGCAAGAACUGUAGGUUUUAAGGUUUUUGCAAUAACUAACACUAUUGCAUUUUUCACAUCUCUUUCCAUGGUGCUUAUUCUAGCGAGGAUCAUACCCUUUCGAAGAAAAACACAAAAGAGAAUACUGAAAAUUGCAGAUAGGAUAAUGUGGUUAGCAGUGUCAUUCAUGGGAGCAGGUUACUUUGCAGGCUCAUGGGUGAUAAUUUCUCCUGUUCGAGGGACAGAAUGGAUGCCUGUCAUUGUUUUGUUAGUGGCUGCUGCGAUAGUGGCAAUUACUUUUAUUGGGAUAUUGGUGAUGUUGGUUGAGCAGAAACGGAGGAAAAAGCAUCGAAGGACAGAGAAGAAAGAAGGGAGAGAUAUAGAUGAUAGGAAACUGAUGCGGAGCAACUGGCGGUUAAAUAUAUGGAAGAUUUGGAUCGAUGCAAAACCAAGAAAAAGGAGCAAGGUCGUGCUAUCUCCAGCACGCCUGUGCUAG